AUCGGUAGCUAAAAUGUCAGUACAUUUAGUGUCAAAUGAGAAACACAUAAAAAAUUACGUGUAUCAAAACAAGAAACGCUUGUAAAAUAAAACUGCAGCCACCUACCAGUGCGUAUCACUGCGUUAAACAAGAAAAGCUCGAACUUCAGUUCCAAGAAACGUUGGCAUAGCUUGACGAAGCCACUGCCACCGACGUAAACAAGAAAACGCAUGCCGACUCAGCUCUUCGCUAAAUCGGUUAUCUCGUAUCAAGCGAAUCAUAGAACGACAACAGAAACACAAGGGAAAGACGCCUGAGCCGCGGAGAUAAAGCGUCGAAGCGUGUGCAUGUGAAGAAUUCAAAUAGCGUCAUCGUGAUAACGCAGUCUUGUGCGCGAGAUAGAGGAAGCCGAGCCGAGCGGCGCGGCGCGGCGUGCGAGAACCGCGGAAACAUACUUAGCCAGAACUAAGGAGGAAUGUGGCGUUUAGUUUUUCUCUUAAUUGGCGCCGCGAUGGCCGGAGAAUCGGGUCCCGAAAUUGAAUAUCCCGAAAUACCCAUAGAAUAUUCACCUUUGCCGCGGGAGGAAGAUGCACCCUCGCCUCUUCCUGGAAUGCUUUAUCCGCGUGAAAGUGAAUCGCGAGAGAUGAAAACUCUAGACGGUAUGUGGGAUUUCGUUGUUUCCCCAACGGGAGAUUCACUCAGGGGCUACAAAGAGGCGUGGUUUGCGAACGAUCUGUCCAAGGUAGGAAAAGUGAUGCAAAUGCCAGUGCCUUCGUCCUACAAUGAUAUUACCACCUCGAGAGAACUUAGGGACCACGUCGGGGCUGUCUGGUACCAGCGAUCGUUCUUCGUCCCUGCUUCGUGGCGGGAGCAGAGAGUUUUCGUCAGGUUCGGUUCGGUGAAUUACCUCGCGCAGGUGUGGGUAAAUGGCGGGCUAGUGACCAACCAUGAAAUGGGUCAUCUGCCAUUUGAAGCGGAGAUAUCUACCUAUUUGGUGUACGGCGGUAAAAAUCGGAUAACGGUCGCAGUGGAUAAUACGUUGCUGCAAACAAGCGUGCCGCAGGGCAGAAUCGUCAACACCGCUGUUGACAAUGGCACUGUGCACGUGCAAAGUUACACAUUUGAUUUUUUUAAUUACGCCGGUAUCCAUAGGCCCGUUUUACUACACACAAGACCGCGUGUGUAUAUCGAAGAUAUCACGGUAAGAACAGAAUUAAUUGGUGAUGUAGGUAUCGUGAAAUUCAUCGUUCAACCGGCCGGUUUACACGAGCACGAAAUUCCGAUCUGCAGAGCGAGCCUGCUCGAUGCCGAGGAUACUCUAGCUAUAAAGGAGCCAGUUUAUGGAUUCUCCGGUACCCUGAAAGUGCCAUUCGCUAAACUCUGGUGGCCUCGGGAUAUGAGCCCUAACCCAGGUUAUAUGUACACGUUAGAGGUCACCUUGACCGUUAUGAAUGAGACCAAAGUAGACGUCUACAGGUUACCGAUCGGAAUCAGAACGUUGGCCUGGACCAACACCAGUUUACUCCUUAAUGAUAGACCUGUCUAUAUGCGGGGAUUUGGUAGGCACGAAGAUUCAAUCCUAAGAGGACGAGGUCUCGAUUUGGUCACUGCUGCCAGAGAUUACGAAUUGUUACAAUGGGUCGGUGCAAAUGCUUACAGGACAAGCCACUAUCCUUACAGCGAUGAAAUACUCGACAUGGCCGAUCGGUUGGGCUACUUAAUUAUCGACGAAUGCCCGUCCGUGGACACAGAAAACUUUUCGCCGAUUCUCCUCGCGCGUCACAAGGACUCGCUAUCAGAACUUAUAAGGAGAGACAAGAAUCGUCCUUCGGUGAUCAUGUGGUCCAUCUCUAACGAGCCCAGAACGCAAUUACCUGAAGCCGGGGAAUAUUUUAAACAAGUCGCUCAUCACACGAAAGCACUCGACCCUACCAGGCCGGUUACCAUCGCUAUGGCGCGAGCGGUUCAGGAAGAUAAAGCAGGUGAAUAUCUCGAUGUGAUCAGCUUUAAUCGUUAUAAUGCCUGGUACAACAACCCAGGCCGCCUGGACGCGAUUAAAAACAGGGUUAUAGGAGAAGCUGAAGCAUGGCAUAAGAAAUAUAAUAAGCCUGUGCUUAUGUCGGAGUACGGUGCUGAUACUAUGUCCGGUUUACACGAGCUUCCUGAGUAUGUAUGGAGUGAGGAAUAUCAGAAAGAAGUAUUUUCAAAACAUUUUGAAGCCUUUGAUCAGUUAAGAAAUCAAGGCUUCUUCAUUGGUGAAUUUAUUUGGAAUUUUGCUGAUUUUCGAACGGCUCAAUCAUACAUAAGAGUGGGUGGAAACAAGAAAGGGAUAUUUACCAGAGAAAGACAACCAAAAAUGGCAGCUUUUCAUGUCAGAAAGAGGUACCAUAUUCUUCGAAAGGAGCUGGAAGGAAUAGAAAUACCGAGCGAUCUCGAAAAUUACAUUUCGUUACGUCAUUCCCAACAUUUAGAGUUUUAAAAUAAGUUUUUAAUAUUGUGCAAUUUUUGUUAACAAAUUUUCGAAGUAAAUUUUUUGUUACUUGUAGAUACACAAAUGUUGUACAAAAAUUGUUUUUUAUAUCCCCUUUUUUUAUACAUAUAAUUUUUAUUUUUAAGAAUGUUUUAUUAUUUUCAACAGUCAGCAUAAUGCGGCUUUGUUAAAUGGCCAAUACUGUUGUUAUUGUUAAUACAAACUAAUUAAACUUUCAUGGUCAUAGACUGCCACAAAAAACAAACAAAAUUUGAUAAAUGAUUCAUGAACUUAAAAAAUUUAAUAUUAUACGGAAGCAGAUUUUAUGUAUGUCAAUUGAAUGCAAGGCUAAAUUGUAAGAAAUUGAGGAAGUGAAAUGUGUCGGCAAAUUUAAUUAAACUAUAACAUAAUGAGCUACAAGUAUAGUAGUACAGUCUUAUAAUUGUUAUUCACUCUUAUAUGUUUUAAGUAAUGAAAAUCAUUGAUGCAGACUUCUGCUGCUACAAGAAUUUAGAUUUUUAAGUGGUGAAAGUAUCUUAUUAACUAGUUAACUGUAUAUCUUAUUAAUCAGUUAAUUGGAAACUAAAUUCCACAGUUAACAAGAUAAGGGAAGAUUAAAAUUAAAUUUUUAAAAUAUAUUUUCUUAUAAAACAGGCAUAAUUAGUGCAUUACAGUAUUCAAAAAUUAAAAAUUACAAAUUUUAAUUGUUUUUAACUUUAAUGUGCUAAGAAGUGAUAGUGUUAUGACAUGUAAAAGUAUAUACACUUUUUAAUGCAUUCAGUUUCUAUAAGUCCAGUGCAAUAAUAUUUAAUAACGUAUUAUUAUAAAUAAUACAUCAGAUCACAGAAUGUAAUUAACAAGAUUUAUCAUUUCCUGGAGGUUCCACUAUCUUCAAACAAACAUCUGCCAUUUCCACAAAUAUUGGUUCAGUCAUUGCUAAAGCAAUAGCCUUUGUUGGAUUUUCAUCAGUUAGAAUAGCAGACAUAAUAUCACGUACAUGUGGGUUUCUCAAAAUAUUUUUUAAUUCUUUGCUGUAACGCAACUGUUCCAAUUUUUCAAUAAGCACUGUGUCUUCUGUAGGAAAUUCAUACGUCUUGCAUUUUAUUUUCUCAUCAUUAAUAGGUUCAGUUUGUUCAUUUUUUGGUUGACAAUUGUUAACCUUAUGUAUUUUACAACAAACUGCAGAACAACUGACAAAAACAAAAUAAAAAAGAUUCAUCAAUUUUUAUGUACUUAUUUUUCUAAUGCAUAAGGUAAACAUAUUAUUUAUAAAACAUAACUUUCUUGCGAUUAAAGAAUAAUUUCAUGUACUGUUAGUAAAAUUCUCAAAUCUGUUUAGAAUUUUUAACAACCUUUUACUUCAUUAUGAUAUAUGUAAAUAUCAAUAUUGUUCUUUUCAAUUCUUAAUAAUUAAAAUAAUUCAUCCGUUUAUGCAGUAUGCAGAGAAGUUCAGAUUGAAUUUACAAAACUGAAAUGGCUGUUGUGAGCAAUUUCAAGCGACUGUUUGAGUUUACUGAAAGCUUCAUAUAUGG